ACCAGUCAUCCCAUCCUUACAUCGUUGUUGUCAUACCCAUCUUCAUCCUCAUCCCUUCUGGGGGGUCUACCAAAGUCAUGCUUCGACUCGGCACUCGGAGAUAUCAGCUGUCCGCCCUGACACUCACCCGGACAACUCUUCUGGAGUCAGCCACUGCCGCCUCCUCCUCUCCAUGCCACUUCUUGGCUAAUCGCCGGCACUACGCCGAGGGAUCAGGCGGAUCGGAUCGAUUUGCAGGAGGCAACCGGAGCAACAAUCGAGAUGGGCCUCCCAGGCGAGACUCAUACUCGAUUGACCAAUCCCGACCUAGAGCACCUCGUACUGGGCCAGGUGCCCUUGGUAGGAGUGGAGGCGCAGGUGGGGGUGGAUAUGGUGGGAACAGCUACCGAGAGCGCAACAACGGUGGAGAUAGACCCUCUUUCAAUCGUGACCAAGAUCAGCCCAAAUUCAACAACAGAGGUCCGCCUCGGGAUCGCGAUGGAGGUCAAGGGCAGCGCUACGGCGGCGACCGGCCGCAAUACGACAACCGGUCGGACCAGCGGUCGCAGCAGCAGUCAUACCAGCGGCAGCCCGGCUUCCGCUCUCAAGGCUCGCAACAAGGAGGUGACGCCUCUCGAGGGCCGCGCCAGCGCUUUGAUCAGCGAUCAGACAAUGGCGGACAGCAGGAGAGACGACCUUCCUUCCGCAGCUCUAGCGGCCAAGAUGGAGAGCGGUACGGCGGGCAGCGUCAAGGAGGUGGCAAUGAUCGGCAUUCGGACAAUCGAUUCGAUCGUGGACCUCAACAGGGGCAAGUUCGGUCGCCAAACGGAGGACAUGGAAAUCAAAGGCGACCAGACAACCGGAGAGACGACUCUUUUGCACCAGGCCGGCAAGACAGGGGGCGCCAGGCAAAGGGGACCGAUGCAGAGGAGGGUGAUGCAGGCAAGGGAAGGGAUCUGCCGGAAGGCGGAGCAGACUCUUUUGAGGGUGGUGCAGAUGGUGAAGGCGCUCCCCGUGGAGGCAGGAAUGAAGUACAGAGCCGGAGGCGGGACAGAGUGAAUGCCAAGAAGGCUCCUGCCCUCAAGGAGUGGUGGGAGAAGGAGAAGGAGGAGGAAGCUCCUCCUCCUGAGCCGAAGCAGAAGAAGGUCAAGGCUUUCAAGCCCGUAGCUGUCGUAGAAAAUGCCAAGGAGGUCUUUCUGCCGCAAGUCAUCAGUGUGUCAAACCUUAGCAGACUGCUAGGAGUCAAGCUAUGGUCUCUGCAACGAGUCAUGGAAGGCCAAGCCCUGAGCGAUACCCGCCCCGAUGCCCUUCUCUCUUUUGACGACUCUUCUCUGCUGUGUGCAGAGUACAAUCUAGAAGCCAUCUCGAACGACGAGGCAGCAUUCGACAUCUACCCUGCCUUGCCGCCACCGCCAUCUCAACGAGCUUCUCUUCCUUACCGACCUCCGGUAGUGGCGGUAAUGGGGCACGUCGAUCAUGGAAAGACGUCUCUUCUGGACCGCCUCCGUAGCGCCUCGGUCGCAGCAGGCGAAGCAGGCGGUAUCACCCAACACAUUGGAGCGUUCUCUGUGCCAGUCAAAUCCGCCGCCUCCUCCGACGCCAUCUCUGCCGUCAGCAAGAUCACCUUCCUAGACACGCCAGGGCAUGCCGCUUUCAGCAACAUGAGGGCGAGGGGCGCAAAGGUCACAGACAUCGUCGUUCUGGUGGUAGCUGCCGACGAUGGAGUCAUGACGCAGACGAAGGAAGUCAUCGGCCUCUACCAAUCUCUGGAGGCGGAAGCGGCCGCGUCUGCCGAGGAAGAGCGCAAGGAAGCAGAAGCUGCUGAAGUCGAAGGCGAGUCCGCCGUCGCCGAUGCUGCUGCCAGCUCUAGUACUGCAGGCGCACCUCGCAAGAAGCAGAACAACAUCCAGCUCAUCGUCGCUGUGAGCAAGUGCGACCGACCCGAGGCGAAUGUACAGCGUGUCAAGGAACAGCUAGGUUCCGAAGGCAUCUACGUCGAGGAUCUUGGAGGCGAUGUGCCCUGUGUGGAGAUUUCCAGCAAGACAGGUGAUGGUUUCGAGGAAUUCGAAGAAACGCUCGCGGCCAUGGCUGAGCUUGGUGAUCUUCGUGCGCCCGUCGAAGGAUCUGCAGAAGGGCUCAUUCUGGAGAGCAGGACGGAGAAGGGCAAGGGCAAUACCGCUACGGUCUUGGUCACACGCGGUAGUCUCAAGGCGGGAGACUGCAUCAUUGCCGGCAAGACGUGGGCGAAGGUACGGCAGAUGGUCGACUCGAACGGAAAGAACGUCAAGGCCACCCCACCCGGAGAGGCCGUCUUGGUUUCUGGAUGGAAAGAGCUUCCAAACGCCGGCGACGAGGUGUUGAGUGCAGCCAAGGAGGAGGAUAUCAAGAAGGCCGUCGAGAACCGUCUAGAGGGCGAGGAGCGCAAAAAGAUGAUGCAGGUGGCCAUUGCAGUCAAUGAGAGUCGACGGAAAGCGCAAGAAGAGGAGAACAAGGAGGCUCUUCUGGAGCAGGAAGAGCGGGAGAGGAGACGAGCGCAGAGGCUUGCCGAGUCUGAGGGCAGAGUGUACGAGGAGGCCGAGGCAGCUAGCACUGCAGAGCAGGGCGAGGAGAGUGCUGAUGCGGACUCGGACAUCAAGGAGCUACGUCUGGUUGUCAAGUCCGACUUUAGCGGUACAGGCGAAGCCCUCGUGGGCGCUCUAGCCGGCAUCGGCACAAAGGGCGCCCGCAUCAAGAUUCUCAGCGUCGGCGUGGGAGAGAUCAACGAAGCUGACGUGAACAUGGCUCGCGCUCUCGGUGGACACAUCCUUGGAUUUAACGUCAAGGCUCCUCGCAAGAUUCAAGAUCAGGUCGACGCGCUGAACAAGGUCACUGCGGGCCAGGGGGGAGUACACAUCUAUAGCUCCCCUAUCAUCUACCAGAUCUUAGAGUACGUCACAAGCGCCCUAGUCAAACUUCUCCCGCCACUCAUCGAGACGCGCGUUCUAGGAGAAGCAACAGUCGCGCAAGUCUUUUCCAUCAAUGUCAAGAGUAGACAAUUUACGAAUAUUGCUGGAUGCAGAAUUACGAAUGGGAUACUCAAGAGGGACAAGAUGGUUAGGGUCAUGAGGAGAAAGGGAAGGGGCGCGAGUGGGAGGGAUGUAGAUGGGGCGGACGAGCCUGAGAGGGAAGCGGUAUGGCAGGGGAAUAUCGACUCGUUGAAGCACGUCAAGAAGGAGGUCCAGGAAAUGCGAAAAGGAACCGAGUGCGGAAUCUCCUUUGAGGGCUUUCAGGACUUCCAGCAGGGAGACAUUGUGCAGAGUAUCGAGCUGGUCGAGGUGCCUCGCACGCUGUAAGAGGAGGACGGUAUUCAGGGGAGAAGAGCAUGUAGAGCGAUUUCACUGCAUCCUGUACAUCAGAAGCAACAUGAGAACAGAAACACCAGUCCCUCCACUGUUCCACG